AUGACUGUUACUCUCCGUGGAGGCCCAAUCGUUGACAACAAGCUGGUCGCGAGUCUGUGUGAAAUCCUGGGUUUUGCUGCUGUACCAAAUCUUCUAUGGGGCAACUAUCUGUUGACUGUUUAUGGAGUCCCAACUAUUAUUAACGACGUGGGAUUUGUCAUCCCCGAUGAUAAAAUCGGAACAGCCUCGUCUGCCCUUGAAGGAGCAGGAUAUGUUUUAUGUCCCGAGGGCGUGAACUGCCCUUUUGUCUACGGGUGUCUAGCACCCAUUCCGUCAGAGCACUUUCACAUCAACCAAGACAUGAUCAUAUCUUUGUACCGGAAAUCCGAAAUGCUUUGGAGACUUGAGAACUUUGAUUCCUCUGGUCUUAAUGAUUCCGAGGAUAUGAUUAGCGCUUCAGACCUUCGACUCCCGCCAUCAGUCCUAGGCCGAGGUCGAUGGACGGUUCUCGCCAGAUUUUUCGUGCGUUAA